AUGCCGCGGUUUGAAGUCCUGAUGCAAAUCCACGAUCAUAACUACGUUCAUUGGCCCGAGAAGAUGAAAAUGCAAAGCAACAAGAGGAAUCACGACAAAUAUUGCGAGUUCUAUAUAGAUCAUGGUCACGACACGAAGAACUGCUUCGACCUAUGCAACCACAUUAAAGACCUAGUCAGGCGCGGAUACCUUGGUGGGUUCAUCAAGAGCGAGAAGCUGGCACAAGAAGAACAGCAUGCGGAGGAUGCUCGACCGCCGCCCCGAGCUCCCCCUACUGGUGUGAUCCACGUCAUAUCAGGUGGAAUCGCUGCAGGAGGGGAGAGUAGCUCGGGGUGCAAGAAGUAUGCACGACUGUGUGAAAUCGACAAUCGGGGACACAAGAAGAAGUGCGGCCAGACCAUCACAUUCACCGACGAUGACCUCCGGAGGAUCCAGACCCUGUAUGACGAUGCCUUGGUAAUCACAAUCGAGGUGGCCAACCUCGGGAUGAGACGGGUCCUGGUUGACACGGGUAGCUCUGUCGAUGUACUCUUCGAGGACGCAUUUGAAAAGCUCGGCAUCGAAAAAGAGCGCCUCACUCCUGUCAACACUACCCUAAUGGGCUUCUUGGGGGAGUCCCUCCUACCCACUGGGAAAAUAACUCUUCCCCUACUGAUUGGAGACGGUGACGUUACUACAACGACCAUGGUGGACUUCACUGUGGUUCGUUGCCCCUCUUCGUACAACGUCAUCCUUGGUAGGUCGACCCUUGAUGCUCUGCAAGUUGCAGUCUCCACAUUUCAUCUUGCUAUGAAGUUUCCCAUCGAAUAUGGCAUAGGGGUAGCACGUGGAGAUCAAAGAACUGCACAACAAUGCUACUUGCUCUCUUGUCGAGGACCACGACCGGCCGCAAAAACACUGAUGAAAGAAGCUUAUGACUUUUGA